GCAAACUGUGGAAAUUUUCUUUCUCAAAUUUGCUUUUUUAUUAUUAAAUAUUUCAUUUAAUUGUUUGUUGUUCAUUAACAUUUUCUUGUGUUUUGUUUAUUUUUCUUUUAAGUUACAAACGAGCAAAUAGUAAAAUAAACUACUUAAAUGCUGCUUUAAAUCAAAGCAGAGUGUGUUUGCAAUUAAAAUUUAUACAAAAAUAGGAACAAUUAUUAAGAGACCUCAUGCCGGACAUUAAAGUAACACCUUUGGGAGCUGGUCAAGAUGUGGGACGCAGUUGUUUGCUUUUAUCGAUGGGCGGUAAAAAUAUCAUGUUAGAUUGUGGCAUGCACAUGGGCUACAAUGAUGAACGACGUUUUCCCGAUUUUUCAUAUAUUGUGCCUGACGGUCCCAUCACCAGUCAUAUUGAUUGUGUUAUCAUUUCUCAUUUCCAUUUGGAUCAUUGUGGCGCUUUGCCUUAUAUGUCCGAAAUGGUGGGCUAUUCUGGUCCCAUCUAUAUGACCCAUCCUACUAAAGCCAUAGCUCCCAUUUUGCUUGAAGAUAUGCGUAAAGUGGCCGUAGAACGUAAGGGUGAAUCGAAUUUUUUCACCACUCAAAUGAUCAAGGAUUGCAUGAAAAAGGUGACUGCUGUGACCUUGCAUCAAAGUGUUAUGGUUGAUAGUGAAUUGGAGAUCAAAGCUUAUUAUGCCGGCCAUGUGUUGGGAGCCGCUAUGUUCUGGAUACGCGUUGGUUCACAAUCUGUGGUCUAUACGGGAGAUUAUAAUAUGACGCCCGAUCGUCAUUUGGGUGCUGCCUGGAUAGAUAAGUGCCGACCAGACUUGUUGAUCUCUGAAUCUACUUAUGCCACCACCAUACGAGACUCUAAACGUUGCCGUGAGCGUGAUUUUUUGAAAAAGGUACACGAGUGUGUGGCUAAAGGUGGAAAAGUACUCAUUCCUGUAUUUGCCUUGGGUAGAGCCCAAGAAUUGUGUAUUUUAUUGGAAACUUACUGGGAGCGCAUGAACCUUAAGUAUCCAAUUUAUUUUGCUGUGGGCCUAACCGAAAAGGCCAACACUUAUUACAAGAUGUUUAUCACCUGGACAAAUCAGAAAAUUCGUAAAACCUUCGUCACCCGCAAUAUGUUUGAUUUCAAACACAUUAAACCAUUUGACAAGACCUAUAUCGAUAAUCCUGGAGCCAUGGUCGUCUUUGCUACCCCGGGUAUGCUGCAUGCCGGUUUGUCGCUGCAGAUUUUUAAAAAGUGGGCUCCCAAUGAAAACAAUAUGGUCAUUAUGCCUGGUUAUUGUGUCCAGGGUACGGUGGGCAACAAAAUUUUGAGCGGCGCCAAAAAAGUGGAGUUUGAGAAUCGUCAGGUUGUGGAUGUUAAAAUGUCCGUGGAAUAUAUGAGUUUUUCUGCUCAUGCUGAUGCUAAAGGCAUUAUGCAACUUAUACAAAACUGUGAACCCAAAAAUGUCAUGCUCGUCCAUGGUGAAGCUGAAAAGAUGCAAUUUUUACGCACAAAAAUCCGCGAAGAAUUCAACAUUGAAACAUACAUGCCGGCCAAUGGUGAAACUUCCGUUAUUUCCACUCCCGUUAAAAUACCAGUAGAUGCCUCAGUCUCACUGCUCAAAGCGGAAACCCGUAUUUACAAUGCCCAACCACCCGAUCCCAAACGUAGACGUUUAAUACAUGGCGUUCUAGUUAUGAAAGAUAAUCGUAUAAUGCUACAAAAUCUCACCGAAGCUUUAAAGGAAAUUGGUAUAAAUCGUCAUGUAAUGCGUUUCACAUCCAAAGUUAAAAUGGACGAUCCUGGUCCGAAAAUACGUACGGGAGAGAAAUUAUUGGCCUUACUGCAGGAGAAACUAACCGGUUGGACGGUGACGAUGCAGGAGAACUGUACAAUUGUUGUUGAAUCGGUGGAGAUUAAAAUCGAAGAAGAUGAAAAGGAUCUUAAACAUAAAACUCUCUUGAUAACAUGGACUAAUCAGGAUGAAGAUAUUGGGGCAUACAUAUUGAAUAUGUUGCAAAAUAUGUGUUAGUUAAAACAAUUUCUUAUUAAAAUAAAACUAUUACUACAAUAUAAUUAAUUUUCUACUAUAUUUCGAACGAAUGAAUGUUUAAAUUUUGUAAAAUAUGACUGAAAUAAAUAUGAAAAUGUUAUAUUA